UUAUCUUUAUGUGUAGGUCCUUUUGUAAGUCCCGAAGAGGUGGUAGCUCGACUGAUCCAGGUUGGGCUGUUUGACAAGGCUAUUGAAACAGCCCGCUGCUUUGGACUACCUUUGGACUCAAUUUUUGAUGCACUUGCCUCGAGAUGUGUUCACUUGACCAACAGCUUGGUGGGCUUCAGGGAUGAAACAGACGAUGCCAGCAAUUGGAAUUGGCUGGAUGCAAAUGAAUCCAUAGACAUUCCAACACCAAUCGAGAGAUCUGUUGUGGAUAAAGCCUGGCUUAUGCUCAAGUCGUAUCUGAGGACAUAUGACCAUGUCCAUGGCCACAGGCUACAGAAGUGCGUUGCUAGGAAGCUACUGUCCCUCGGCUCUCAUCUGCCCCAGUGGCUUAUCCAGUCUUUCAAGGAGACAAAUCCAGCUGAGCUUCUGCAUCUGUAUUUGUCGUUUAAUCUACUGGAGGAAGCUGCAGUCUUUGCACUGCAAUACAUAGAUGCUGUACUUGGACCUCGACGAGAAGAGUUUUCAAUGCAGGCUACACUCCAUUCAUCAUCUCCGAGUGUGUGGCUCCCUUACUCCUCUAUUGACCACUUGAGAGAGGCACUACAGAACGCAGAGUCAACCUCCCUGAUAGAGCUCUCGUCCCAGCUAACAGCUAAACUGGAAGCCUAUUUUAGGACAGCUACCAGUGUUAGCUCCUGCAGACAUGGAGCACCAGGCCCGACAGACAAUGAUGGUCACCCACUAAAACUACAUUGACUCCCUUAUACAUGUACCAAAGUUAUUGCUGUUCAGAUGAUUCUUAAUCUCUUCUCAUUUUGGAAUAUUAUACAUCCUCAUUCUGCUGGAUGCCAGCUAACACAACUGUUAUGAGACUGCACUGGUUUUGUCAGUCAUGACUAUCUCCUCUAUUGGUUGAUAGCUUGAGGCUUAUAGAGUGUGCUUUCAUUAAAUUGAAGUCGUUCAAGUGUUUUAUAUCACCAAGAUUUCGGCUCAAGCCCACUGCAACAGAUAAGUCAACUAUGUAGGGUAGAACUAAAAUGUCCGGUAAGACAGAGUAAUGCACAUGUCACAAGUGGUAUAUAGCAAGUGUUCAUCAUAUGUAUAUACAACCUGUGCUGUAUAAUGAGGCAUAAAUUUCUCUUUCUGUCAUGACAUGCGUCAUCAUAAUACUGCACACUUUCAUUGUGAGGAAAAACAGCUUGUUUGUACGAUUCUCACGUG